AUGAGCAACUCUCAACGCAACGGACAUACUCAACCACCAGGCCACGUAGAUCAGACGGAGCGAGCCACAGAGCACGUUCUAGACAAACACUCGGUGAAAAAAUUUCUAAAAUUACUCGUCGAAGGCAAAACCAAGAACGAUGAGGUUUUCACAUUAUCUCCCAGGAAAAAUAUCGUCGCAAUACACCGCAAGCCGACCACGCCUGAUGAUCAUCAGACCGAAUUCUUCUGUAUGCAGAGUCCUAAUAACAACUGUGAUGAACUGGUUGAGAUGAUAGAGAAACACGCACCUGCCAGCAGCAUGCGUCGUAUCGUCCUGCUCUACCAGCCAGUUAUCCCGCAAAUCAAGGAUGGACAAUACACCAUACAGGAGAUUGAACAUUCACAGCUGCACGCGCAAUCAUACGUUUCCGGGAACGCCAGCUUCGUCAAAAGCGUUAUCAUUCCGUACUUGCCCCGUUUGGAACAUAUAGUGGACUUCACGCUCUCAGAUAGUGACAUGGCAGAGUUCCGGAAGCUCACUGUCGAAUCAGUACGCGGUAAAGUGAUCAACCUUUAUGCGAAACUUGAAGAUACAUGGGAAUCGGACUAUCAAUCGUUCGAACUAUGGUUCGAGGGAUACACCUUUGCCUUGAACGGAAUGGGCAUACAGAAUUUACCUUGCAGGGUAAGCGAGGGAAGCGAGGGAAGUGCAGGGGACGUGCAGGGGACGUGCGCGGAAGUACAUAUUAAACAUUGCAAAUAA